AUGAAACCCCAAGAACCUCAAAUAACUCAGGAAACCCCUGUUCAACAAAAUUUGAAUACAACGGAGAGUACCAAAGAGGACUGCAGAGGAGGAUGCCAACAUUGGAGGCGACCCCACUUCACCUCCGAGGAGUUGCGUGUCUUGCAUGAAUGUAAUCAGGAAUCGUUUUAUCAACGUGCCUUGCCCUUGGGUUUGACAUUUGGAGGUGCCGCCUAUUUGGGUGUUAAAAAUGGUCUCUUAAAGCCCAAUGCUAAAUACGGUGCCAUACCCAAAGUUGUUUUGGGUGUAAUUAUGGGUUAUUUCGUUGGUAAAUGGAGCUACAAACAAAAAUGUGCUGAAAAGUUAAUGGCAUUACCCGACUCGAAAAUUGGCGAAAUGAUAAAACAACGUAAGGAGCAGCAACAUUCGUGGUACUUUACACCGGCUGUGAUGUGUCCAAAGCCGUUUGUUAUGUAUUAA